AUGGGUGGAACAGUAUUGCUUUUUGACAAAUCUUUACGUAAAAUUGAAUAUCUAUUCCGUUGGUCUGGGAUGCAUUUAAGAAACCGAGAAGAGUAUAACGAAGCAGUGAAAGGAGAAUCACUCAUUUCACUCACCUAUUCCGCACCUACACUGACGCUAGGCAUUUUAAGUGUUUUGAAGUCUGCAUCGUUCAUGUGGUAUUACGACUGUGUCGAUAAAUUGGUCUACAAAUUGAGACAACUGGAAACCAAAGCCGAUUUCAACAGUACAACAAACAAAGCAUUGGUAGAAGAACCGGUCAAUUUCUUGAACUUUGUAAUAAAAGUUUCAAAUUUAUUCAACUGGCUUUUGUUAGUUGCGUUUCCGUUAAUGCCGCUUGCUACAACGGCAUAUAAUUAUUUUAUUUUGAAUAAAACUGAAUUGAUGCUGCCUUUUCUCGUCGAGUAUCCCUUUGACCCAUUUAAUAUUAAGGUAUAUCCGUUCGUUGUGAUCGAUCAUAUAUGGGGGGCAAUGGUCGCACUAUUUUGGAUAUUUGCUUCUGAAUCUUUCUACUACAUCUGUACUACUUUCAUCGUGGUUCAAUUCAAGUUGCUACAACAAAAUAUAUUACAAAUAAUCCCUGAAAAUAGUGACAGUGUAGUUAGGAACGAAGAUGUAGUAUUUCAUACAAAACUAGUCGAAUUGGUUGAGUGGCAUCAGGAUCUCAUAGAAGCCGUGAAAUUAAUAGAGACAAUUUAUUCAAAAUCGACGCUAUUCAAUUUCGUGUCCAGUUCAGCGAUAAUUUGCCUAACAGGAUUCAAUGUUACGACUAUUGACGAUCUGGCUUUCGUCGUGAUGUUCCUUACAUUUCUCUGCCUUUCUUUGACGCAGAUAUUCUUUCUCUGUUUCUUUGGAGAUAUUAUAAUGAGAUCAAACAAAGAAGUGGGUGAUGCUGUCUAUAAUUGUAACUGGUAUAUGACUAGUGCCAAAAACGCUAAAAUGCUACACUAUUUACAACUGAGGGCACAAAAACCAUGUAAAUUAACCGCAUACGGUUUCGCUGAUGUAAACGUGAAUGCUUUUUCUAAGAUCAUGAAUUCGGCUUGGUCUUACUUCGCACUUCUGAAAACUGUUGACAGAUGA